AUGCCAGUCACGAUCAAAGUUGCGAAUCAUGAGGCGUCUCGCAUCCGCACUGAUGGCGAGACGUCUUCCGCAGAAUCAAUCCUUGAUAGCCUGUCGAAGCCCGGAGAUUCAACUCGCGGGACCCUGAUCCAGUCCUCGUUCGACAAGGAGAUCGAACCUGUGAUGCAACCCUCCAGAAACGGCUUCCUCUUUUCGGUGACACACGCCUACAAUAAUCACCACCAUCUCGUCAUUCGCCCCGACGACGUCUGGCUGGCCAUCACGACCCAGUUCAGCUCCUACGUCAACGCCCACGCCGAGGAGCUCAGGGGCUCCUUCGUGAAUUUCGAGGGGCAGAAGACAUUGGUGAUAGAGUACGAGAAUAGUACGAGGUUUACCGUCGACUAUGCCGACUUUGCACACAGGAUCAACGACCUCCUCGAGGCCAACAUCGUCGACCCGGGGCUCCGGCAGUGGAUCACGCCGAGCUUCACCACGACCACGCAGCUCGACAAGACAGUGGCCGCGAUCGUCAUGAUGGGGACCCUGCAAAAGUACUUCAAGUACAUUUCUAUGUGCUCGUGCGGCAUCCCCUCGGUGACGCUGCUCGGCGAGAGGGCCGACUAUGAGCAGAUCCUAGGACGCCUCGACAGACUGUGCCAGUACGGUGAGGAGCCCACCGAGUUCUGCCGGCUCCUCAAGCCCGUCCUGCAGAACUUCGUGCGCACGUUUGACGAGCCGGAUCAUGCCGAGGUUCUCUGCUUCUGGCAGCGCAUCUGCGACUACACAUCCGGCAGCGGCAUAUCCUACUACAGCGGCUGGAUCACUGCCUUUUGCUUCUGGAGCAACGAGGGGCGUGCACAGCUGGCGAACCGCUGGACACAGGAAGUGGGCGGGCAGGAGUAUGCGGUGGUCGAUGCGCAAAACAUACCCAGUGGUUUCACCAAAGUGCCGGUGCAUAUAAAUGACAACGGCGAAGAGGUGGAGGCCGAGAUGGUCGCGGGUUCCGUGGGCAUUACAUGCACGAGCAGCGGGAGGGAAUUGGUGAGAAACCCUUACCUGGACCCCGAGGGGGUGACGAUUGGGCUGGAUACGAUGCAACCACAGUCUGGCUGGUUCAUAUACGAGAAGGAAUAA